GUGACUCCCGGCCCGGAAGCUCUUGAGUCGAAGACCCGGGUUGGAGGUGCUGGUUCAAGUGAUCUCUCGUGUUCCCCACUAUGGCCUGGACCAAGUACCAGCUGUUCCUGGCCGGGCUUAUGCUGGUCACCGGUUCCAUCAAUACGCUUUCAGCAAAGUGGGCUGACAACUUCAAAGCUGAAGGCUGUGGAGGAAGCGAGGAGCACAGCUUCAGCCACCCCUUCCUCCAGGCAGUGGGCAUGUUCCUGGGAGAGUUUUCGUGCCUCGCUGCCUUCUACCUGCUCCAGUGCCGAGCCACAAGGCAGUCAGAUUCCAGUGUGGAGCCCCAGCAGCCCUUCUCCGCCCUACUUUUCCUGCCCCCAGCCCUGUGUGACAUGACUGGGACCAGCCUCAUGUACGUGAGCCUGAACAUGACCACUGCCUCAAGCUUCCAGAUGCUGCGGGGCGCAGUGAUCAUCUUCACAGGCCUGUUCUCAGUGGCCUUCCUGAACCGAAGGCUGUUGCCAAGCCAGUGGCUGGGCAUCCUGACCACCAUUGCGGGACUGGUGGUGGUUGGCCUGGCUGACUUCCUGAGCAAGCAUGACAGUGAACACAAGCUCAGUGAAGUGAUCACAGGUGACUUGUUGAUCAUCAUGGCCCAGAUCAUCGUUGCCAUCCAGAUGGUGCUAGAGGAGAAAUUUGUGUACAAGCACGACAUCCACCCACUCAGGGCGGUGGGCAUUGAGGGCUUCUUUGGCUUUGUGAUCCUCUCGCUGCUCCUUAUACCCAUGUACUACACGCCAGCCGGCUCCUUCAGCGGGAACCCCCGGGGGACGCUGGAGGAUGCUCUGGAUGCCUUCUGCCAGGUGGGCCGACAGCCGCUGAUCGCCGUGGCCCUGCUGGGCAACAUCAGCAGCAUCGCCUUCUUCAACUUUUCGGGCAUCAGCGUCACCAAGGAACUGAGCGCCACCACCCGCAUGGUGCUGGACAGCUUGCGCACCGUUGUCAUCUGGGCCGUGACCCUCGCGCUGGGCUGGGAGGUCUUCCACCCCCUGCAGAUCCUUGGUUUCCUCAUCCUCCUCCUGGGCGCUGCCCUCUACAAUGGGCUGCACCGUCCGCUGCUGGCCUGCCUGUCCAGUGGCUGCCGCCUCCCUACCCAGGAGGGAGAGCAAGAGAGACUGCUGGGUGACAGCCGGACUCCCAUCAAUGAAGCCAGCUGAGCCCACCGUGGGCUCUCUGCUGUCGCUGGAUGGCUGGGGCCAUGCAGACUGGUGGGCCACGAGUGCCCUGUCCCCAAGGCCCUUGCCCCACCCCUCCCUACUGACCCCUCUGGGCAGCUGCUGCCAGAGAGGAUGACAGGACACCAGGUCCUCUUUUAUUCUUGAUGCCUGUGAUGUUGGGACGCGGCCCCCACGGGCCUGGAUAUGGUAGUCGCUCUCAGCCUCCUUCUAGUUCUGCUGCACUAGAAGCAAAUUGUGAACUUGACUGGCAGGAAUUUACAACCCCAGUAUUUUUGUGUUACACACUAACUUGUCAUGGUAGAUUAUUUAGCUUAUGAGGCAUAAGCUACAAAGACAUCAGUGAACAGGCUCACAUCAGAACUAAGAGACACAUUCUCCAAACUUGAGAGAUACUCCUUAAGCCUGUGUGAAGAACCUAGCAGGCUGUGCUGCAGACUCAGUGUGUGCUGCAGACCCAGUGCGUGCACCAGGUGUGUGCACCAGGCCUGUCCACUCUGCAGCGAGGGUAUACAUGAUGUGCCCUUGGUGCCUUGCACCCCAACAUCCUGUGGGUCUCUGAUUGUCACUAGCCUCAGAAAAGAGGUGUGGUACAAAGGUACCUCUACUCCUUGUGAUUUUUUUUUCUUUUUUUUUUCUUAUCUUUUUUUUUUUUUACAUUGUACAGCCCUGGCUGUCCUGGAAUUCAUCAUGUAGACCGGGGUAGCCUCAAACUCACAAGAGGUCCACCUGUCUCUAACUUCCUCAGUGCUGGAAUUAAAAGUGCACGUCAUCAUAGCCAACA